AAAAAGGAACAAAUUUAUCUGGAAUGGCAAAACUGAUAUUUAUAUACAGAGGCUUUCACAGCCCGUACAGUAUGGCAGGAACACUUAUAUGCAAAAGCACACCGGAAGUUAAAAGAAUGGAAAUAAAAACCCUGCCAACCCCAGAACCAGCCCCUCUUUAAAAAUAGCUUCCUGAUAGUAUUAUCUUACUUUCAAUAAUGCUCACAUUACAACCCAGCUCUUCCAGCCCUUUGAACCCUGGCACUCAACAACCUCCAAUUUAACCCUAGUCUAACCACGGGACAAUUUACAAUGACCAAUUAACCUACCAACCGGUACACCUUUGGACUGUGGGAGGAAACCGGAUCACCCAGAGGAAACCCACGCGGAACGUGCAAACUCCUUAUAGACAGUGGCGGGAAUUUAACCUGGAUCACCGGUACUGUAAAAUAUUGUGCUAACCACUACACUACAGUGCUACCCCUAUAUCUGUGCAGUAUGUUGACUGUAGAUAUCAGUUUGAAAAUAAGUUCCAGGCUUGAAUUGUAAUUAUAAAUAGCAGCACAAUGUGAUUAGGGGGUGGUCUGCUUUGGUUUUAAUUGGAGCCUGGAGCUACCCACGCUAUAAGAGUCAGUCCUUCCCGCUGAAGCUCGGUGCACAGACAGUGGCAGCUCAGUGAGAAAAGGCCACAGUCACAGACCAUCCUACUAUUGUAUUCUGAGGGGUUGUGACCUGGGUAUAAAACCUCAGACUGUUUGCUCAAAGCAUCGCUAAUAAUCUCUUUAAGAAGAUUAUAGUUUGGGAGAGAAAAUGUCUCAGAUUCCUCGGUUGCCAUGGUAAGGUCAGGUCUGGUUCAAGUAACACCAGAGCAAAGCACAGCUUUUCCUGCAAAGGCCUGCUUCAGUGUGCAAGAUGGAGCAGCAUUUGGGGUCCUGUUUGUGCAGAGUUCACAGCUCGUUACCGUUGGUGCAAGCUUCCUUCAAACCAAGGACUGAGAUGUGUUAUAGAAGACUGAGGAUUGGAAAUCACAGACUGUCAUCCAAAACAUCUCAUUGUUGACAGCAUUGUUUACCAUUGGAUGGGGAUCUCUAAACUUGCAAUAUUAUUCACAGGUUAUCAGAUCCUGUCACUGGUGUUAAUAGAAGCUUCACAUAUAAAUGAUUGUACAGAAUUUGAGUAUAAAUAUAAAGAUUGGUGCUGUCCAUUAUGUCAAGCAGGCUCGAGAGUAUCUCAACACUGCACUCGUCAGACCAGCACAGAGUGUGAACGAUGCCCAGAUGGAGAAUACUCUGAACGUAACACUGGUUCGGAGAAAUGUUUCAAGUGUAAAUCAUGUGAUCAAGAGCUGGGACUUCAAAUUGAACAAUCAUGUAAUUACACUCACGAUACAGGAUGUGAGCCCAUGACAGGGUAUUAUUGUACUGAAAACUGUCUGAGGGCCAAAAAGCACACAGCAUGCCCAGCGGGCUUAGGAGUUCAAGAGAAAGGAACACGUUUCAAAGAUACAGUGUGUGAGAAGUGUUCUUAUGGGACAUUUUCAAAUAGCAAUUCAUCAACUGAAGAGUGUAAGAACUGGACAGUAUGUGAAACACUCAAACUUAAACAGGUUGAACCAGGGAGUAUUGAAGCUGAUGUGAAGUGUGAAGCGGAGCGCAACAGGAUAAUUGUUUAUGUUGUGGCUAUUGCUGUGGUAAUUCUGUUUGGUAUCGUGGCAUAUGCUUUGUGGAGGAAAUGGAAAUGUAAAGCAGAAUCACAGAGCAAAACCAAAUUUGCAGAAAUGACGAGUUGCCUUAGGUUCAAAGUGGGAGAUGGUGAGGGGGGUGUCUUUUGAAGACACUGACCUGGAGUUACACUCUGACUUCUGUUCUUUGCGGGAAUGGGACCCGCAUGACCGGCUGCUUUUUGAUAUCCCAAGGACGUGGCCUGGUAAAGGAGCACGCCUCCAGGGUUCCGGGAAUGUGAUGAUUCUAGGUUGGUGCCCUGACUGAAGCAUAGCGGGAGAACACGGAACAUCGGAAGCAGCUGGUUAGCUGUCGGGGGCUGUGUGUCCGGAGAACUGUACCUUUUUAGUGCCGACUCUGUGGGCGCAGAGCUCGGAAAAAGCGACACAACAGGCUUUUAACAUCCUAAAUCAGCGAAUCGUUUGUUAUGUCUCUCUUUUUUCCCUUAUUAGGGUGAGAGAGAGAUCCUGUGGUAUGUCGAAUUGACCAGGUGAAGAAGUAGUUUUUGGGGUACUGCAAGUCUGUGUCUUAAUUGAUGCUUUGUUGCACGCUUGAGUGCUCGGUGGAGGGUGCUGAUGCUUUUUUGCUGGUGGGGGGGGAUCUUGUACAUCUUUUUUCUUACUUUUCAAAUAUUUGUAUAUCUGUACACUUGUAUUGCUACUCUGAUACUGUAAUUUCCUUUGGGAUCAAUAAAGUCUAUCUAUCUAUCUACACACACACACACUCUCUCUCUCUCUCUCUCUCUCUCACUUUCAUCAUCCAGGCAGACAUCCCCAUUUCCCAACCCAGCAUUACC